CUCGUCCCCGUCGUCGUCCCGGUGAGCGGCGGCCGCCAUCGGGAGCGAGCGGAGGAGGACGACGAGGAGGAGGAGGAGGAGGAGGAGGAAGAGGAGGACGACGACGAGGAGGACGACGAGGAAGCGGGAGCGGCGGCGAGGUCUGCUGAAAAUGACAGAGUAUAAGCUUGUGGUCGUUGGAGCUGGUGGCGUGGGCAAGAGCGCUUUGACAAUUCAGCUCAUUCAGAAUCAUUUUGUGGACGAAUAUGACCCUACAAUAGAGGACUCCUACAGGAAACAAGUAGUAAUCGAUGGAGAGACGUGUCUCUUGGAUAUUCUCGACACCGCGGGUCAAGAGGAGUACAGUGCAAUGAGGGACCAGUACAUGCGGACAGGGGAGGGAUUUCUGUGUGUGUUUGCCAUAAAUAAUACUAAGUCAUUUGAAGAUAUUCACCAUUAUAGAGAACAGAUAAAAAGAGUUAAAGAUUCCGAAGAUGUCCCCAUGGUCUUAGUAGGAAACAAAUGCGAUUUGCCUUCCAGAACGGUAGAUACAAAACAAGCUCAGGAUUUAGCUAGAAGUUACGGCAUCCCUUUCAUCGAAACCUCAGCGAAGACGAGACAGGGUGUGGACGACGCUUUCUACACGUUAGUUCGAGAAAUCCGGAAACAUAAAGAGAAGAUGAGCAAAGAUGGCAAAAAGAAGAAAAAGAAGUCCAAGACAAAGUGUAUAAUUAUGUAAAUACAAUUUGUACUUUUUUUCUUCAGGUCUCCUUAAGUAAAAAUGAUCCCUUUUUGUACAUUACACUAAAUUAUUAGCAUUCGUUUUUAGCAUUACUUAAUUUCCUGUCUGCUUCAUGGAACCUGUUAGCUUUUUCUGAAUGCUUAUUUGAAAAUGACAGUGGAAAAUCUAUUCCUUUCAAGUGCCAGUAUUUUUCUGAGUGUCGGUUCUUGAACUAGCGAUGCCUGUGAAAAAGAAAUGGAAUACCUGAGACUUUCCCUUGGGAUUUUUUUUUUCCCCCUUUUCUUUUUUUUUUUUUUUGUGGUGCAUGCCCCGUUGCUGAUUCUCUAUCUUUCUUACCAGUUGUGAAGUUGGGUGUAUAAACCGAUGGAGUUGGCGCCUGUGACUUCUCCAUCGACCUCUCUCUGUAUUUCAUCGGUUCAGAUAAAUGGAUUGGUUCGGAAAAAAAAAAAAAAAAGUUCAGUCGAGA